AUUAGAGGCAGCUGUGCAGCACUUUAGGUCCUGCGGGACAGCAGGGGGCCAGUACUACCUCUGGUCGGAGAGAUUCCCCUCCCUCAACCAGCUGGUGGAGAUAUACCAACACACAUCCAUCUCCAAGCAGACCAAGGUGUUCCUGCUGGAGGACCGGAACCCAGAGGAGCCGGACGAGUUGGAGUUUAACACCGGAGACGUGAUCUCGGUGCUGGAGAGCUCUGACCCGACCUGGUGGAGAGGAGCUCUGAGGGGGAAGAGUGGCCUGUUCCCCUCCAACCACACCACCCCCCUCUGA